CUCAGUCGUCUGGUUGCCUAGGACACUGAGCUUAAAGUCUACAGGGAGGGGGAGCGGAGAGGAUAAAGGCAGAGACGAACAAACAGAAGCCAUUUCUAGGCAAGCUUAGAAACAUGGAGCCUAAAACAGAGCAACAAAACAAUGCCGGGGAGAAAAAGAGGACAAGGGGAGCAACUAGACAGUGGAGAGGGGAGGAAGUUAAAAAUCUGGUUUUAGUGUGGAGGGAGAGACAGGCGUGGGAAGAGGAAGAGAGCAGGGCCAAAUAUGAUGCCAUCUCAAGCCGACUGAGAGAGCUCGGGGUGUGUAGAGACUGGUUAGAUUGUAAGGCCCAGAGUGCCAACAUGGCUCUUCCAGAUUGGAGGCCUACACAGACUCGCUACAAACAGACCCAAAGGCCUCACAUGGCGGAUGAAGAGCAAAUGGAGGCCGAUAGGAGAGAGGAGGCUACGAAUCUACCAGAAGGAAUUGAAGGAGGGAGACAUUGGUCUGACAAAGAGGUUAGAUCUCUCCUUAAAGUCUGGUCUGACCGAGAGGUUCACAGGCAGCUCCAACGCACCCACAGAAACAAGGUCAUCUUCCAAGAGAUGGCACAACGCCUAGAGCGACAACACAAUGUGUUGCGAGAUUGGAGACAAUGCCGAACCAAAUACAAGAACCUCAAAUAUGACUACAAAGUUAGCAAAAGCCAAGGCCGGCCAAUGAGAUUCGGUGCCGAGCUCGAAUCUAUACUAGAGGGAAAAGAGGAAAGCAGUAUGGAGAGGAAUUCAUAUAGGAAAAUAGCCAACAGAGACCAGGUGACUACGAUGAAUGAAUCUGCAGAAGAACAGGUCAUCAGAAUUGAUGAUGAUGAAAGUCUGGCAGGGAUGCAAACCAUAAUGAAAACUGCAAACCAUCCGUUGACCCCAAGUGAGGCUGAAACUACAGCACCACCAAAUGAACCAAACAUAAUCACUGUGCACGACUCAGGAAGAAACUGGAGCGAGGAAGAAGUGGCCGCGCUGCUUGGAAUCUGGGCAGAAGAAGGGAUCCAGGGACAGCUACAAGGCUCGACCAGAAAUAAAGACAUAUUCGUGCAGAUUUCACGCAGGCUUCUUCAACAAGGCGUAGAAAGGGACUGGAAACAAUGCCGCACCAAGUACAAAAACCUGAAAUACCUCUAUCGUUCUCUGCAAAGGGGAAAGAGCGAUAUUGGGGAUCCUCGUCGUUUCAUGAGGUUUUAUGACCAGCUGGAUGCCCUUCUGUCCAAGCCUUCUAGAAGUCGCAUGGAUUAUUCAGAGUUUUCCACUGGAAAUAGUUUGAUUAUGAGUUCUACGGUGUUUGAUGUUCCUGAAUUUGAAGAGCACUCAAUGGGAGGGAAUCCUCAGGAUGACAAUAACAUUGUUGCAGUUAAAUAUGACCAGCCGCCUGUGGAUGAGGCAACGUUGAGAUCACCCGUGGUUUCUGCAAGAGUCUUCAAGAGCCAAGAUGGUUCAGGGAAUGUGACAAAUGAGGAACUUGGGGUACCUAAAUUAAAAUCCAUGAUGGUUCAGACAUCCAGAAGCCCUCAAAUAGCAUAUGAACAGCAUCUGUCCUCUGAUUCUAUGACUGGUGUUAUAUAUGAAGACAAUCAAGAUUAUAAUACAGACAACAUGGACCAGUCACACACAAGAGGAGAGCAUGUGAUGGCUAACAGAGGACGAAAAAGAAAGGCAACAGAUGAAGGGGACAGUGUGGUUUGUAAACGGUUUCACCACAGUACUGAGGAUGGGGAUAGCAGCACAGACUGGUCGGAGAAUAUAGACUUUGAAUGUAAAGAAGAAGUGGAUCAAUACAUUCCCAUCAUGGAGAUCACAUCAGUGUGUUCAAUGGCGUCUAAUGCAAUCACGUCUGCUCAAUCGGAAAAGCGAAUCGCAACAAACAUGCAGAACAAAGCAGAACUGAAACUGGGACAAAAACUGAACGAGGGAAAGACCAAGCAGAUAUUUGAGCUCGUGGAUGAGGCGAGUCAUGUUCUGGUCCAGUCUAAAGAUCAGAUCACAGCAGGCAAUGCGGUUCGGAAGGAUCAGAUGGAGGGCAAAGCCGCUAUUUCCAACAACACCACUAGUUGUGUGUUCAAACUACUGCAGGAUGCAGGAUUCAAGACCGCGUUUGUCAGGCAACAUUCUGAGACUGCAUUUGUGGCGGCCCGCUGUGAGAUGAUACCCAUCGAGUGGGUUUGCAGACGGAUCGCCACAGGCUCUUUCCUAAAACGAAACCCUGGGGUCAAAGAGGGCUACCGCUUCACUCCUCUAAAGCUGGAGACGUUCUUCAAGGAUGAUGCCAAUAAUGAUCCUCAGUGGUCAGAGGAGCAGAUAUUGGCUGCUGGAUUUGAUCUGGCAGGCCUGACCAUCGGCCGCUGUGAGGUGGACAUCAUGAGCAAAAGCACCGUGGCCAUUUUUGAACUCCUGGAGAAAGCCUGGGCAACACAGGACUGCACUCUGGUGGAUAUGAAAAUAGAAUUUGGUGUAAAUGUGACCACUAAGGAGAUUGUGCUGGCUGAUGUGAUUGACAACGACUCGUGGAGGCUGUGGCCGGCUGGGGAUCGCAGUCAGCAGAAAGACAAACAGGUGUACCGUGAUUUGAAAGAAGUGACUCCAGAGGCCAUGCAGAUGGUGAAAAGAAACUUUGAGUGGGUCGCUGAGCGAGUGAAGCUGCUCUUGGAGUCACAAGCAAGAGGAAGAGUUGUUGUUCUGAUGGGCUCUACUUCAGAUGUGGCUCACUGUGAAAAGAUCCGGAAGGCUUGUGGCUCAUACGGAAUUCCCUGCCAUCUUAGAGUGACGUCAGCUCAUAAAGGCCCUGAUGAGACGCUCCGUAUCAAAGCUGAAUAUGAGGGUGAUGGAGAACCCACCAUUUUUGUUGCAGUUGCGGGAAGAAGUAAUGGCUUAGGUCCUGUGAUGUCAGGAAACACAGCCUACCCUGUUAUUAAUUGUCCUCCUAUUACCCCCGACUGGGGUGCUCAGGAUAUCUGGUCAUCUCUUCGCAUGCCAAGCGGUCUUGGAUGCUCCACAGUACUGUCUCCUGAAGCCGCCGCCCAAUUUGCAGCUCAGAUUUUUGGUCUAAAUGACCACAUGGUCUGGGCCAAACUUCGUGCAUCAAUGCUAAACACCUGGAUUUCCCUAAAACAGGCUGACAAGAAACUACAAGAGUGCAGCCUGUAAAGGACCAGCAUUUACAUUCCCUUCAACCACUUUUACAAUUCUGCUUCUGUCCUGUCUUGAUACCUGUCAUUGCCUUCAAAAUAAUUAAGAUGUGCUGACCUAGAUUCCUUUUCAGGUGUAAAUUCACCAAUAAACAUUCCGUUAUAUAUUGUC